AUGGAAGUCAAUAGUCAGUCACUUGAAGAGUUGUGGUGCCCUCUGAGACUGAAGCAUGUCAUUCUGAGAGCUAUAAUAGAAAUGCCUUUGUGUCAAGAUCGAAGAAAAAGAGAUUCACCCGAUGACAUUCGGCUUAUAAGUCUUGUGAUGGUGUGGGUGGUGUGCACAAUUUUGAUUGUGGUGGAUGGAGCUAUACCACUUGCACAGAUUUUGGCAGGAACUUCCAAGAACACCUCAAGCCUCGUCUCAGCUGGUGGCAUCGACUGGAAGAUUUGGAGCAGACCAACCAACCCAGAAGGUACUCCGAAAAAUGCGGAUUCGAAGCCACCGGAAACUCCCUAA